UGCCGGGCGAAGUAGGAGGAAUUCUAUUUUACCAAACGGGUAUAUUUGUGACCAGACUGUCCACGACUUUCUGUUUUGUUUUACUUCAGCGUUUCGAGUACUAAAGGGGUACAGGAAGGACCAUGCCCCUUCCCGUACAGUCUAUGCUGUUCCAGCCUCCAGUGGAGCCCAUGCAGAUUGACGCCCCGCCUGAGGAGAACGAGAACCAACCAGAACACACCUUCACUGUGGAGUCAUGCUCACUGGACCUGGAGUCGUAUGCUGCCCAGUACACUGGUCUGGCCCGGCUGGAGCGGCUGGUGUUCAUCGCUGACCACUGUCCUCCACUCAAAGUAGAGGCUCUCAGGAUGGCUCUCCACUAUGUCCAGAGAACCUACAACGUCCACCUGUACCAGCAAGUCCACAGGAAGUUACAGGAAGCUGCCAGUUCUGGUGUAGUGGCUAACAUGCCUGACGCAGUGGCAGGUUUGACAUUAGGAGUUCCACCAUACGACACAGACUGGGUGGAGACAACCGCCAAGAAGGCAGCUCUGAAGUUAGAGAAGCUGGACACUGACUUAAAAAACUACAAGGGAAACUCCAUCAAGGAAAGCAUUCGCCGUGGACAUGAUGACCUAGGUGACCACUACCUGGACUGUGGAGACCUGAGUAACGCGCUGAAGUGUUACUCACGAGCACGAGACUACUGCACCAGCGCCAAACAUGUCGUCAACAUGUGUCUCAAUGUCAUAAAGGUGAGCAUACUACUGCAGAACUGGCCACAUGUGCUGAGUUAUGUCAACAAGGCUGAAGCUACGCCGGAAAUUGCAGAGAAAGGAGAGCGAGACAGCCAGAGUCAGUCAGUAGUCACCAAACUGAAGUGUGCUGCAGGUUUGGCAGAGCUGGCCACCAAGAAAUACAAGGCCUCAGCUAAGUACUUUCUGCAGGCUUCCUUCGACCAUUGUGACUUCCCAGAUAUGCUGUCACCAAGUAAUGUAGCCAUCUACGGUGGCCUGUGUGCGCUGGCUACGUUUGAUCGACAGGAACUGCAGAAAAAUGUCAUUUCUAGCAGUUCCUUUAAGCAGUUCCUAGAGUUGGAGCCACAGCUAAGAGACAUCAUCCUGAAGUUCAGUGAGUCUAAGUAUGCCUCCUGUCUCAAGCAGCUGGAGGAGAUCAAGGACCACCUUUUACUGGACAUGUACCUGUCUCCACAUAUCAACAGUCUGUACACCAUGAUCCGUAACCGUGCCCUCACUCAGUACUUCAGCCCUUACAUGUCGGCAGACAUGCGUAAGAUGGCGGCAGCCUUCAACACCACACUGGCAGCCCUGGAGGAUGAACUCAUGCAGCUCAUCCUGGACGGACAGAUACAGGCACGCAUCGACUCACACAACAAGAUCCUGUAUGCCCGUGAUGUGGACCAGAGAAGCACCACCUUUGAGAAGGCCCUGGGCAUGGGGAAGGCCUAUCAGAGGAGAACAAAGGCUCUUAUUCUUCGUUCUGCGAUGUUGAAGAACCAGAUCCAUGUUAAGAGUCCCCCCCACGACAGUUCCUCUGGAGGAGAGGCGUCCAUUGCACCUGGGACAAACGCCAGCAACAGAUAAACUCAGACAUGAGCUGCUUAGAAAAGGGAGCCAGUGUACAACACGUUAGCGAUGUAUCCACACAGAAGCAUGAACUUGACUGUUUGAAUACAGAUGUACAUCACUAGGCCACGCAAAUUUGAUUUUAUGGGCUCCUAACUUUUGAAAACGAAUGCUAGAAAAUUGAGAUAUCACUCUUAAUGGUUCAUUUCAGGGAGUGAACAGAGUGACAGGCCAGUUCUCAUCGAAACCUGCUGUUUUCAUAUAUCCUCCUCCAAAGAUUUAACAUAGAAAAUAUCUGUGAACCCAUAGAACCAAGGAAUUAUAUUGGUGUGGCCUUAGAUGCAUAUAUAUGUAUUCCAAAAGUCAUUGGAGUGUUGAUUAUCAUAAUAGAGACAUAAUAAGAAGAAUAAAAAUGUUACAAAGAGAUACAGUACAUAUUUGUAACUAAAAAAAACAACAAGAGAUAAUUCAAAACAAUAGUAUUUCAGGCAUUAAAUGUUUUAUAUUAUAAUAAUUUACUUUUUCGUACCAUUUAGAUGUGCUUCUCAUCUAUUCAUGUUCAAAAAUGCUGUCAGUGGAAAGAACUAAUUGGUUAAAAGAGUUAUCAGAAAAGAAAGUAAGAAGUUCAGUCAUGUGCAAGAGUUCAGAAGUUUUGUAACUUGUUUGUACUGUAAAUGUGUUUACUUUCACAGUGGUUUUAUUUCGCAGUAUGAAGGGAAAUGAGGUUUUCACAUUGCUUGAAGUAGUUUUUUAAAAGAUUGAAGCAAUUCUGUAGUCAAUACAAAUACAAAAGUUAUAUAUAUUAUAAUUACAUAAUAAGUUAUACAAUACUUAUUCAUGAAUAUGGUGAAGCAAUUUCGUGUUAAGGGGGUACCCUGAAAAUAAACCCGCUGUGAAAGUAAAUGUAGUUACAGUAUUUUGUGCUUAUUGGUAAGCUAUGAAGGCAGUCCUGCAGUGUAUGAUGCUCAGAAAUGCCAACAGGAAAUGUUUUGUAAAUAUCCUGCUGUUUCAGUGUGUUGCUUUAUAAUAUACAAAACUGUAUCUUUGUCUUAACCAUACCACUAG